UUUGUUUCUUGAGAGUCUCAACAAGAAGGCAAGUGGCGUGAAGAUUUGAGGAAAAUCCAAGAAAAUCCGUGAAAAUGCAAAGUUCGAGGUGCUUCCUGAGUUUAACUUACUCAAAUUGGCGCAGUCUCACCCAAAGAUGCCGCAUGAACAGUACAGCAGCCACGGGGGCAGCUGUCACGGGGGAAAAACUAAAAAUGCCCCCACCGGAAGGAACAGAUGCACCGGAAAACCCCAAACUCGUGAAAAUUGUCAAUGAAAUUGCCUCCCUCAAUCUCCUUGAGGUGUCAGAGCUGAGUGGAUUGCUGAAGAGGAAACUCAACCUCCCAGAUGCAUCAUUCAUGCCAAUGGCUGGUGUGGGAAUGGCAGCAGCACCCAAGGAGGAGGACGAAGAGGAAGCUGCCCCCAAGACCGUACAGACUGCCUUCAAGGUGAAGCUGAUGAAGUUCGAUGAGAAGCAAAAGGUGGCGCUCAUUAAGGAGGUGAAGAAUCUCCUGGAGGGCAUGAACCUCGUGCAGGCUAAGAAGUUUGUCGAGAGUGCUCCGGCAAUUGUCAAGGAGGACAUCCCAAAAGAUGAGGCAGAGAAGCUCAAGGAGGCCCUGACGAAAGUUGGCGCUGAAAUUGUUAUUGAGUAAAAUUCAGCAUUUUCUUCGUUUCCUUUUAGCCUGUAAUCCUUGGAAUUAGAUUGAAAUAAAAAAAAAUAGGAUUUUCUAAAGAA